GUCGCCGAGAUCCAAGAGGCAAAAGCUAGUUUAAACACGUUCACUUCCGUUCCGCAACGAAACUCUCCUCAAGAUUGAAGACACACAAACCCACCCAACCGUCGCCGAUUUAAUGAACCCAACACCCGCAACCAACGACCACAUGCACUGAACCCCCAAAAGAUCGCACAAACCAAAAAUUUGCAGCGCUAUUUAUUACUCUCACGCGCCCACCCACCUACCACAAUGAGUUUCUCGUCAUUUAAAUCCUUCAGCUGCCACUUCUUUAGGCCUCCUUUGACUUUAUCUUCAGCGUCUUCGCGUUUUGUUGCUCUCUCUCUAAGCAGGCGGACGAGCACUCGGUUUUGUGUCUGUUCAGCUCGGCCUUACUCGUCAUCACAUUCUGGUACAUUUAUGGAGGUGGUCAAAGCAGCUGGUAGGCAGGGGUCUGCAGCUCUUCAUAGUGUUGCUAUUAGAGCUGAUCAGCAAAGUUACAGUUACACACAACUCAUUUCAUCUGCAUUGAAGAUAUCUAAUAUUUUAAGCAGCAGCGACUUAAAAAUUACUUGCAAACAUGAAAAUCAUUCUCUUUCGGUUGAUGGCAAGGGAGGACAUGGACAUCUUGGUGGAGCUCGAAUAGGAAUUGUGGCCAAACCUUCAGCUGAGUUUGUUGCUGGAAUCUUAGGGACCUGGUUGAGUGGAGGAGUUGCAGUUCCUCUUGCACUCAGCUAUCCAGAGGCUGAGCUCCUACAUGUGAUGAAUGAUUCGGAUGUCUCCAUGGUGCUAAGUACCUUUGAUCAUCACGAGUUGCUGCAAGAGGUUGCUUCAAAAUGUGCUGCUCGAUUUUCUCUAAUUCCACCUGUUCCCAGUAUUUCUUCACAGAAAGAUGUACAUGAUCAUCCACCACAUGGAGAAAUAGAUGAACAUGGAUUUUUUCAGGGAAAUAUUGAGAACUCGAGCGAGGAUCCGGCAUUAAUAAUAUACACGAGUGGAACAACAGGUAAACCUAAAGGAGUUGUUCACACGCACAAAAGCAUCACUGCACAGGUACAAACAUUGACAGAAGCUUGGGAAUAUGCACCGGCUGAUCAAGUUUUGCACUGCCUACCAUUACAUCACGUUCAUGGGCUUUUUAAUGCUUUGCUUGCCCCUCUCUAUGCGGGUUCAACGGUUGAGUUUAUGCCGAAAUUUAGUGUGAGGGGAAUCUGGCAGAGAUGGCGUGAGUCAUAUCCAGUGGAUGGCACCAAGGCAAAUGAUGCUAUAACUGUAUUUACAGGAGUUCCAACUGUGUAUACUCGAUUGAUACAAGGGUAUGUAGCAAUGGAUCCAGAGUUACAAGCUGCUUCUGCCUCUGCAGCAAGACAGUUGCGACUUAUGAUGUGUGGCUCCUCGGCACUCCCUCAACCUGUCAUGCACCAAUGGGAAGCCAUCACUGGACAUUGCCUUUUGGAAAGAUAUGGCAUGACUGAAUUUGUCAUGGCAAUAUCAAAUCCUUUAAAUGGUAUGCGGAAGGCUGGCACUGUUGGGAAGCCAUUCCCUGGUGUUCAGAUCAAGAUUCUGGCAGAAGAUGAAAAUGGAGAUGGUACUGAUGGGGUGGGUGAGCUUUGCGUUAAAAGCCCUUCUUUGUUUAAGGAGUAUUGGAAACUUCCUGAGGUAACGAAGGAAUCAUUUAUUGACGGUGGCUUCUUCAAGACUGGAGAUGCCGGUAAAGUGGAUGAAGAUGGAUAUUACAUAAUUUUGGGACGUACAAGUGCAGAUAUUAUGAAGGUCGGUGGAUACAAAUUAUCUGCAUUAGAAAUUGAAUCAAUUAUUUUGGAGCAUCCAGCUGUUGCAGAAUGUUGUGUGUUGGGCUUACCAGACAAAGAUUACGGAGAAGCGGUUUGUGCGCUUAUUGUGCCUGACACAGACACAAAGAGAAAACGGGAGGAAGAUUUAAAUCCUGCUCUAAGCUUGGAAGAACUCCGCACUUGGGCUAAAGACAAGCUUGCACCAUACAAGCUACCAACUCGAUUGCUCCUUUGGGACUCGCUGCCUCGCAAUGCUAUGGGGAAGGUGAAUAAGAAAGAGUUGAAGAAAGUGGUGGCCGUUGAACAGUAAAUGUAUACUUAUUACGGAUGGAAGUGAAGGAUUAAUUGAAGUUUGGAAAAUGCUAGAGCUACUACCAGUUUCACUACAAAACCUCUACAAACUGAUGUGUUAUCCUCAACUUCAAAAUAUUGUCUCCACAUAUUUUUAUUAUUUAUUAUAAACAACUGCUACAUCGCCAUGUAUAGCAACCCCAUAGCAAUUACAGAACCGUGAAGAGAAAAUAAAAUAAAUAUUUAAUGGGGAUACAGAGAAGUAGAAAUGUUUACUUUAUAUCAUAUAUUUCAUGCCAUUGUGAUUUGUUCUCCAA